AUGGAAAUAUCUGAAUCGUCUAUAAGUAUAUUUUUCGUUAGUAAAUUGUUGGCUUUGGCUCCAUAUUCCGUGCGUAAAAAUUCAAAAGGUGUCUAUAUAAUACAGAAAAGUACACCGUUUUUAUUUUAUGCCGCUGCUUUGACAUCAAUAAUGGUUUUUCUUACCUAUCGCGGCUUAUUAUUCGAUGCUAAUUCAAAAAUCCCAGUAAGAAUGAAAUCGGCCACUUCAAAAGUGGUAACCGCUUUGGAUGUAUCGGUGGUGGUAAUGGCUGUAUCGGCGGGUGCUAUAUGUGGCAUUGUGGGAUUGAAUGCUACCAGAGAUUUGAACGUAAGACUAAAAAAGGUGGACGAGUACUUGGGUUCAAUAACAAAUUUAAAAAUGGAACGUUUCAAAUCGUUUAUAAUGUUAUUAUUGCCUAUGAUAACUAUAAGUAUUUUAUUGGCUUUGGAUGUGUGGACCUGGUUAAGAUUUGCAGAAACCAUGCAAAAGGGUGAAGAAAAUGCAGAUUUAAAUGUCCAGUGGUAUAUACCAUUCUACAGUUUGUACUUUAUAUUAACGGGUUUGCAUGUCAAUUUUGCAAAUACCUCUUUUGGUUUGGCCAGAAGAUUUGAAGCAUUAAAUUCCAUGUUAAAGAAUUCAUAUUUGCCAGCCGAUCGCAAUAAAACUUUACAAAAUCAGGAGAAAGUCAAGAUCACUACAGUUAAAACCACAACCUUAAAUACACCCAAUUUACAGGCCAGUUUAUCAAAGAUGUCUUCAGAAACAUAUCAUGAAGGUCCAAGCAAAAAUAAAUCACUUUUAUUGAAAUGUUUAGCUGAGUGCCAUGAGACUUUGGGUAAAUGUUUGUCUAUAGUAUCAAGUGCCUAUGGCAUGGCAGUUCUAUUCAUUCUUAUCUCCUGUUUCCUGCACUUGGUGGCCACCUCGUAUUUUCUAUUUAUUGAACUUCUGAGUAAAAAGGAUAAUGGUUAUGUUUGGCUACAAGUUCUCUGGAUAUUAUUUCAUUCAUGUCGUCUGCUAUUGGUGGUGGAACCUUGUCAUCGGAUUACACGAGAAUCUGCCAAAACUAUACAUAUUGUAUGUGAAAUAGAACGUGUAGUACAUGAUCCGAUUUUAGCGGAAGAGGUUAAAAAGUUUUGGCAACAAUUAUUGGUUUGUGAAAGUGGUUUCUCGGCCUGUGGUUUAUGUCAAGUGAAUCGUCAGCUUUUAACAUCGUUAGCUUCUGCAAUCGCCACCUAUUUGGUUAUUUUAAUACAAUUUCAAAAAAGUAAUGGCUAA